AAAAUUACUAUUAAAUAAUUUUUUGUGUUAUUAUCUUAUUAAUUAUGAUAUAUUUUAACACUUUAUCAUUUAAUUGUCAUAUGUCACCACCAUCGUGUUAAUUAGCAACUUUGAAAAACCAAACUUUAUAUAAUAAGAUAUUCUUUACUUUCUUGCUCACGCGUCGCUUAAAUUUUAAUUAUAUAUUAUUUAAAAUAAAGUGAACGAUUCAAUUAAAAAAAUUAGAGAAUAGGAAUAUAUAAAAUAUCUUUUAGAUUUUUCCGAGCAGCUUCUUAACCAUACUACGAAACAAGCAACCACUAGUGGCGCGUUUUUUUUCAUGCAAGUUAAGAAUUCAAACACAAUUAUAUAUAAAUACAUUACAUACCUUGUUCUAAAACUCGCCCGAGUUACCGAUUACUCGGCCAGAACUCGUUACGCAGUGGGUCACCGUGGCGAAUUAGAAAUGAUCGGUGCAAUUAUUCGGCAAACCGAUUUCUGUCCGCCAUGAACGUUGUUUAACGAAAAUCGCCAAUUAGUUAACUAAACCGUGGAACAAUUACUUACUUUCUCUAAUUUAAAAGGUCACGAUCGUAAUUUUUGUUGAGAAUCAAUCAAAAUUGUGUGAAAAACAUGAGAAGAUCAUUGAAAUAUGUUUAACAAACGUGAAAAUAGACAACUAGAGAAUAUGUUCUACAAACAUUCAAGAGGAAAGAGAUGAUGUCACUAUAGUAAUUUCUCAUCCAUUAAAGAAAAGUGAAAAGAAAACACCAUUUAGUUACCUUAAACACAUGUUAUGUAAGACUAUAUAAGUAAUAUAUAAUUAAAUAUGUAUACAAUUCAUUAAAGACUGAAAUUAAUUUCAAAAACAGUAACAUAUUCACCUCAAAACCCUGAUCUAUCAUGUAUUUAGCCUAAAACUCAUAUAAUUGGGUAUUUAUUUAAAAAUUAUGAAUCACAAUACAUGUUUUAUACGUAUAUAUAUAAAGUAUUAUACAUAAAAAUACAGAAAAUUCCUCCCCGACUACUCCCCAUAUUUAUUCCGCAUUUUUAAUAAAUCGCUAGGCCAGUGUGCACCGUACGCGUAACAUCUAGCGAGUUUUCGAACGAGGAUUACAUAUCACACAAGAAAGUGUGGAGACACAGAAACAAACAAAAAUGUGUUUAAAAAGAACAUCACUGGUUUUAUACAUAAUCAUUCAUCUACAACACAAUUUUUCUUCUGUUAGUUCAAGGUCUUCUUUUGUUGAUACAUACCACGAGAGUCUUCCUCUCAGAGCCAUAAAACCAGAUAUUGUUGGUUUUGAAGGAAAGACUCAAGAAUUAGCUGUCGUUAUAAAAAAAGGAGGUAGUUGGAGUGGCAGUGGUUGGGGCCGCAGCGGCGGCAACGGCGGUGGUUGGGGCCGCAGCGGCGGCAGCGGCGGUCGUUGGGGCGGUGGCGGUCGAAGCACGGGAAGAGGAAGCGUUGGACCUUUAAUGCUGAUUCCAAUUGGUGGUGGUGGUGGUACUGGUGGUACCGGUGGCUUUCGCCGUUCAAGCAGCAACCGAAAUAUCCGAGGGGAAGUGUGUGCUGUAUGUUGGCUGAGUUUAUCAGUUUUAGCCGGAUUAUUAUUGGUUUAGAAGAGUCUAAAAUAUUUGUUGGUAGUUUAAAUCAAAGAUCUAUGAGGUCGAUGUUUGACAUUCGGUCUGGUUUGGUCUGAGAUCGAUUGGUCAACGGUAAGUAGGUAAAAUGUUGAUUAAUACAGGUAAGCGACCUUACACGAGAGCUAAAUAUAUACAUCUUUUGGUUGUUUGGUGAUGGUAUGCGGUCUGUAAAGUUUCAAAACAUAUUCAGUUUACUACAAGACUCGUCUUCUCAAGAUAAUUACCACCAUCAUACGAUUAAAGUCUAAAAUACUAUUGCAUAGAUAUUAAGGCCUGGAUCAAUAAGCAAUAUAGGCCCAAAAAGCAAAACAAACCCGACCCAACGCGAAUUGACCCAAACCACCACAUAUUCGCUCUUAUCCGGUUAUCCCAAUAUACCACUGAUAAUCAACAACCAAAUAUUUUUUCCCGAAAAAAAGAAAAAAAAAAGCUACGCGGAGCGAGCGGCUUCACGUUUCUCCUCUAAUCUCUUUAUCCGUUUGACUCUUCGUUAAAUUCAAAUCCAAGAACGAAAAUAAAAAAAAACAAUAGCGAUGGGGUCGGUGAAAGCUUGUGUAAUCUCCAUUGAUCUCAAACGUACACGGAUGAACGUAUAUAAUCUAGUUACAGUUAGCAGAUCCUCAUAACAAGGAGGGAAAAUCUAAACAGAAGAAUAUGCUAUAAGACUAAAUCUUAUUUGAAUAUUUGACAUAUUCUUUCACCCUCCCACAGUGAGAUCGUUGGCGCAGCGAACGGUCAAGUUGGAUCUGAAAGCAGUAAAUAACGAAGUUGGUAGCCCUUUAGUGAAGAUGUCGGUGUACAGAAGUGUUGU